UCCAAUCGUCGACCAACAACCUCCACCAACUCAACUCGGUCCCUCAACCUCAACGACAUACCCUCCCUUACAUUUUCACUCCCAUUACUGGCUUUCGACCUGCGACUCAAGCCUUCAGAGGCAUACCGCUUCAUUUAGCCCCGACUGCCGUUGGUGUCAUCAAUAACAUGCCUUCUGCUGGUACUUUGUCUCUAAGCAACUUCCUGAAUUCAGCGGCAUCCUCUUCCGCGAGUCGAAAGAGGCCUCACGCAGAAAUUACCAGAUCUCAAAGCCGAAGCCUAACCCCGGAUCUACCUGCGAAACGCCGACGGUUGAGUUCCAUGUCUUCUCCUUCAAGCCUUUUCUCGGGUUCGCCUUCACCUCGCCCUCCCAGUACAAGAUCAGAACGAGACGGAUAUGACUUUCGAAGACCUGCAAUGUCUACACGCCUGAACAGAUUAUCGCAAGCACCGGGCGAGGGUACUAUCGACUUGACAGGUGACGACAGCGAUGUUACCACCAUCUCAGACCCCUCCCCCCGACCUCCCACAAGACGAUCCGCCCGAUCCCUAUCCAACGGAGACGACAGAACUCCUCGGGCCCCCCCAUUCACACAAGGACAGACGCACCAGAACCACGAGGUCAUUGAUUUAUCAGACGAAUCAGAUUUUGAGGUCGACGGCUUGGGUGCCGAGAACGACAUCGAGUCGGGGCGUACUGCUCAUACACUAUCGUCAAGUCCAGAAGUACAAUUUUUAGGAGAGCAACCAGCUCCCCCGAGUAAUCGUCGACCUGACCGCCCACGGCCGCCUCGGCGUAACCCAAGCCCACAACACCUGGAAGGCGGGGGUCCAUUCGGGUAUCUACCAGAUCUGUUCAGGAGAGGGACGCAAUUCAUGUUCGGGACCGUUGCCCACAACAACAACAACACGUACGACCAAAUGUUUAGGGACUUGCGGUCGGACAACGCGGCAAGAGCAAAUGUUGAUACUCAAGAAAUCACAAUCCAGAUGGACUAUAGGCGGCCUGCUUUCGCCCUGGGACCCCUCGCAAUGUUUGAUCGGAGUUCAGAAACUCCGCAGGUGGUGGAAGAACCCUACAAAGCUCCUCCGGCCCCUCGAGAUGGGUUCAUCAGGACGUUUACCGAAGAAGAAAUUGUCCUGUGUCCUCACUGUGGCGACGAGUUGGCAGUAGGCAAAAGCGAUACGAAACAGCAAGUUUGGGUGGUGAAGAAUUGCGGACACGUCUACUGUGGAGAUUGUGCAUCACAGCGAGCGGCGAAAGCAACACCCAGGAAAAAAGCUAGUUCCAAAGCCCCCCAGAAGCUGGAGAAGUGCGUGGUCGACGAUUGUGCCAGCAAAUUGACUGGCAAGUUGGCCAUGUUCCCCAUCUAUUUGUGAUUUAGCAUGGUUUUAUUCGCCACGAAUGCAAAGCACUUUUUUCUUCUUCAGCAAAAGAGCGCGUACCGAUCACGGGUUAAUGCUCUUUACACAAGCGAGAGAGGAUCCGAAGUCAAGUGUUUCACGACGAUCCCGUCGACCAGGCUGGAAGAUAUUUCAUGACUUUUGCAAAUGCCUGAUGAUUUUUUACAUGUAAUGUACAGUUUAGCAAGCGAGGGCGUUGUGGGCAUUGGGGGGUUUGCAUAUGCCGACGCAUACUUGCUAGACAGCCAGUUUUGAUAGCCGGAUUCCAGGGCUGGAUAUCAUCCCAUGCCGUUGAUCAUACAGCUAAGAUGAAAAUCUUGUGUUGUUCCUUUCCCACAA